AUCUUUGCAUGGUCGUUGUGUUUGUAGGACAUCUCAUGAUAUAUAUAAACCAUCCAUAUGAAACUCUAAGGUACGAUGAUGUCUUAUCCUUUUGUUGCUUCACCUUGUUCACAAACUCAACUCAUAAACAUGGCUAGUGUUACAUCUACAUGUCUAUCUUUCUUCACUCCUAAAACUUCAAUUCUUCACAACAAUAAUAAGUUUUGUUUUUCUAAAUCCAAUUUCUCCACUCUCACAUGUAAGGCAUCAUCAUCAUCAUCAAGUUUUUCAUCAUCCAUAUUGGAUUUUGACUUGUAUGAUCUUCUAGGAAUUGAUAGUUCUUGUGAUCAGUCACAGAUCAAGACGGCAUAUCGAUCUCUUCAGAAACGAUGCCACCCUGAUAUCGCCGGCCCUUCUGGUCAUGACAUGGCCAUCAUUCUUAAUGAUGCUUAUGCUAUUCUUUCAGACCCGUUUGCACGCCUCGCCUAUGAUAAGGAGCAUGCAAAGAUCACAGAAUUCAAAGGCUUCACCGGAAGACCGAUAUAUUCAGUAUGGCGUGGUUCUGAAAGCGAGCAGCGUGCUAUAUUUGUUGAUGAAGUCAAAUGUGUCGGAUGCUUAAAAUGUGCUUUGUUAGCUGAAAAGACUUUUGCUAUAGAAUCAGUUUAUGGAAGAGCUAGAGUUGUUUCUCAAUGGGCUGAUUCUGAACCCAAAAUUGAUGAGGCAAUACAAGCUUGUCCUGUCAACUGCAUUUCAGUUGUUGAGAGAUCCAACCUUGCUGCUUUAGAGUUCUUAAUGUCGAAGCAGCCACGUGGCAAUGUAAGAAUAGGUGCAAGUAACACCGCAGGAGCUCGUGUUUCUAACAUAUUUGUAGAUGUGGAGAAGUUUCAAACCAGAUUCCAAGAGACAAUGGAAAAAGCUUCCAAAUAUUCUAAGGAAACAGAUCUGCAAAGAGAAUCAAGAAUGUCAGCAAUUCAAACAAUAAGAUCAAUUUCCAAUUGGUUAUAUUGGCAACCACAUAAUCCAAGUGGUAACAAAAGCAUGACAAGAGUUGAGCCUAAAUUAUUACCAGAACCAAAUCUUCACAAACUAAGAGAUGCAGCUGCAAAGAGAAAACUAAAAGAUAAUUCAAAAACCAACAAUCAAACAUCUCUAAAUUCCAAUAAUCCCGACGAAUAUUGGACUCCAUCGACUACCGUUCUUCCUUCUUCAACUACUUUUACUACUCCAACACAAGUUAAGAAUCCUUCAUUAGGAAAGAAACAAAGAAAGAAAAAUGAUGUUGAAAGAUAUGAGAAUGAAAAUAGUCCAAUUAAAUGGGGAUUACCAAUUGUUACUUCAUUGUUUGGUAUGGCUGCAGUUAGAUUACAUGAAGUAUCAUCAACUACAGUUGAGUUGAAAGAGCAUUGGGGUGGUCCUUUAGCUUUGGAAAUUGUUAAUAGUUCUUGGUUGCAAUAUGGAUUGGUUGCAGCUACUUGGUAUGUGAUUGGAAGGAUUGUUAUAGAAUUUGUGGCCAACAUUGGAAAUAGAAGAUAGAUAGUAUAUAGUUAUAGAUGAUUAAAAUGUAACUAGCAUAUAUAGGAAUAUUGAAUAGAAAUAUAUGAUGUAAUUAUAAGUUCUCCCUAAAGUUUAGGUACAUGAAUAUAUAACAACAUAUAUAUGAUGUAAGUAUAAGUUCUUCCUUAAAGCAUAUACAUUUUUUUUUGUUA